CUCUCUCAGUGUCUCUUACAGCUGAUGUCUGUCACCAUGGAAACGUGUCUCUCUCUCUGCAGAAGAAAUGCCGUGGAUGCAUUUCGAGUGAAUGUGAUCCACGCCCGGCAGCAGGUCCGCUCCCCGGUCACCAACAUCGCCCGCACCAGCUUCUUCCACGUCAAACGCUCCAACAUCUGGCUGGCUGCCGUCACCAAGCAGAACGUCAACGCCACCAUGGUGUUCGAGUUCCUCUACAAGAUGUGUGACGUCAUGGCCGCCUACUUCGGCAAGAUCAGCGAGGAGAACGUCAAGAACAACUUUGUUCUGAUCUACGAGCUGCUGGAUGAGAUUCUGGACUUUGGGUACCCUCAGAACUCAGAGACCGGCGCUCUGAAGACCUUCAUCACUCAGCAGGGCAUCAAGAGUCAGCACCAUAGUAAAGAGGAGCAGGCUCAGAUCACCAGUCAGGUGACGGGUCAGAUCGGCUGGAGGAGAGAGGGAAUCAAGUACAGACGCAACGAGUUGUUUCUGGACGUGUUGGAGAGCGUCAACCUGCUCAUGUCCCCACAAGGUACUGAAACCCAGUAUAUACACACACACACACAGACACACACACAGACACACACACCACACAGACACAC